AUGUUCUUGGCAUUUUGUAUACUGACCAUUGGAUGGUUGACCACAUCAUCUUCCGCCAAUAUGGUCGUGUCGUACGGGACAUGCCCGGAAGUGCCUGGACAGGAGAAUUUUGACUGGAAUUUGCAUAGGGGACGAUGGUAUGUUGAGGAAGCAUUUGACGUCCCCUACCUGACUCACCUGUACUGCAUGACCAUUGACUACAUUCCGGUGAACAAUGAGACAGUAAUGAUUUCAACAAAUGGUAUCAGGCAUUACGACUGGUAG